UUCUAUGGAACUUGUAGAUCACCCUCUUAUGUACACCUGUUGUCCUUAUCUGGGUGAGUUGAGAUCUUUGCUGAUAGACUUUGCUGUAGGUGGCAGCACCAAACAGAACAACAUUCGGAAGAUCACACCAAUAGCAGCAGAAUGUGAGGAUGAGGAUACUGGAGUCAAUGAAAAACAACUUCAACUGCAGCUGGAAGAAAACUUUUUCCACAACCACCCCGCCUCCCUGAAAAGGACAGUGGAGUUUGUUGCUGACAGAGUUGCCUCCAUACACAUCAAGAAAUUUCGAAGCCAGGAGCUGCCCAGGUUUAUCAGUAUUGGCAUUGGUGCUGUUGGUGAAAUGCUUUCUGGCACUGGAAGUGGCUCUCCUGAUAACAGGCUAAAAACCAGACUAGAGCAGCAAGUCUUGGAGGUAGCGAGAAAUCUGAUGCAGACGGCCAGAAAUGACAUCGUUUCUUCUUUCACCGCAUACUGCCAGCAGAAGACGGAAGCCAUUUUACCAAUGUUGCUUCCUGACGACACUGUGCCUCAAGUAUUAGCAGUGUCCAUGCAGAUAUCAGCAAGGUUGGCUCUGGAGAAGGUGACACAUUGGUCACAGGCACAUCUCACCACCAACAUGUUGAAUAAAGAAAUGACCUCUGAACUGGACAAACUGGUCAGGUCUAUGGCCAGUGGCUUGGACAGCCCAGUUAGACCUGUGAAGGGUGAAAAGACAGUCCAAGUAGUUCAUGGGAACCCUGCCAUUGUAGUCCAAACCAAGGAUGUAUGUGCAGUGUCAGAAACAAUAAAUAUGUUGAAGGACUUUGUGCGGGACCUAGUUCUUGAGAAAGAUGGUGUAUCCUAUCAGAGGAUGUUGAAGUUGUUGAGACAGACAAAGGACACGUUUUUCGGAACAGCUAACAUAUUCCCAUUGGCAUAUAAGACAGUAGCUCUGCUCUGGUUGGACUUAGCUGUAUCAUGUGCAAUAUUCAAACCCCCCUACAUAACUGAGGAAAGUUUAGGAGACUUGACUGCACUGUGGCAAGGUCCACUGAAGCAGCAUACAUCCUUUUGUCAAGUCAUAUGUGCCAAGUAUGUUCAUUUACUGAUGGCCAAAUCCAAGGUGCUUCAGGAAUCUUGGAACCAAUAUGCAUUUCUACUCAGACAUCUGUUAAAUCAAGAACUUCUGACUUGGGCAGACGUAAAAGAGGCUGGGUUAAAGCUUCUUCAGCACAACCUUCCAAAGGACUGCCUUGAAUUGUUUGCAGCUUGUAUCUGUGAUAGUUGUAAAGUAUUUAGUGAAGACAAAACAAUGGGAACAAUAGAUUGCCUGGAAUUAUUGAAUAGUUUAGACCAGAAAUGUGCAAACUGUUCUUCUGUAACAAUCCAAGCAGUAAAAGAUUGCAUUUCAAUUAUCAAUGAACAGCAGUUGCCACAGGAUACCAAAUGUUCGACUGAAAAAAUGUCAGAGAUAGCAGAUAUUGAAGCUACUACAGGUAAUACUCUGCAUGAAACUCUGCAUCCACAAGAUGAAAAACACCAACCCAUAAUUAAGGUAGAUGAGCAGGAACAGAAUAAAAAUUCAAUUAAAGUGGAGUGUGAUUGUGUUCAUACAGAGAAGUAUUGCCAGAAAUGCACUCUUUGUUUCAACAAAGAAAAUCAAACAGAUAUUUCAUCUUGCGAUGAAAAGAUACUCCCAAAAGUGGACAGUAUGCAAGUCAAGAUUGCAGGAAUUUGAUACUGGGGUUUUUUAAGUAAAG